CCCGGAACGGAACCACCGUGAAGUGGGAGAUGAAUAUAAGCCCAUCGUCUGUGAAUAAUGCUAUCAGUGACUUCGCGACUCGACGGUCUCGCAUACAAUAAAGCGUGGAAUAAGCGGAAACGUGGAAACACAUCAUGCUGAAGACGAUUUCUCUCCUCUGCGCCGUAUUGGCGUGCGGUAACGCGGUUGUUCUCAGCGGCUACAACGGCCAUGGCCUGUCCUACAGCGAUUAUAGCGAUGUCGCCGUCGAUGAAUACGCAGGAUCUGUCGGAUACAGAGUCGUGCCGACAGUCGCCGUCCCGGUGCACGCGGUGUCCGCCGCACCCUUACACGUGGACGCAUCCCUUGAACACGGCUAUAAACACGUCGAGCAGGAGCACGAUUACUACUCGCAUCCGAGAUACUCGUUCAAUUACGGAGUGCACGAUCCUCAUACCGGCGAUGUAAAAACGCAGCACGAGGUGCGAGACGGCGACGUCGUCCAUGGCUCGUACAGCGUCAACGAGCCCGACGGAAGCGUGCGUAUCGUCGAAUACACGGCGGACGAUCACAACGGUUUCAAUGCCGUCGUGAAGAAGGUAGGACCGGCGAUACACCCGAAGCCGGUGCCGAUUGUCAAGUACAUCUCGCCCGCGCACUACAAUAGCUACGACUACGAGAAGCAUUAUUAGUGGCACGGCCACUAUAAUGUGUAAAUAGCGUCGAAUCGAGCGUUUCACUGAGGAACAUUAGCCGAUAAUCAGUCUGCUAGUCAAUGCGACAGCGAACUACGUUUUUAAUUGGGCUACGUUUAAUUGGAUUACUGAAUAUGAUUGAUGAUAGCAAAAAAAAAGAAAAAAAAAAAGAAAAUUUUGGUUUGUCUAUUUUUAGACAUAAAGCUUUUAAGGGGGUCGUUGAGGAUUAUGUAUCUUUGAUAAGUACAUAGUUUAUAACUGAGAUUAUUGAAAAAUAUCGAUUUUUCUGCUGAUAGAAUAUUUCCUCUUGCCUUGUGUCAAGUGUAGUCUUGUCUUAGUUCUUAAUUUAUCCGACAGUCUAAUUCGAGAGAAGUGCCUGAUUGCACUUGAUUAUGCCAACGCGCGUAAUCCAAUUAUUUCUACGGAUAACUGAAAUCUAGUUCUCUAUCUAUUUAUUUUACAUUCCAUCAGGAAACUUGCACAAAGGCAUUUUGCAUCCCUUGAAAAGAGGAUUACCUGGUAUUUGAAUUGAUUAAUUGUAACCGCGCAUGCUUGAGAUAUUGAUUUAUAUUUACGAUGAUACUACGUAAUAACAUAAAUUUCAAACAUAGAUUUAUAUUUACGAUGAUACUACGUAAUAACAUAAAUUUUCUAUCCUCAAGACGCCUCUUUUGCAUUCAAUUUUAGAUAUAUCGUACAACUGAAAUAUAUAAAUACAUAGUGUCACAAGUAAUUUAUAUAGUAAACCCGAGAAAAAAUUGAUUUAUGUGAUUAUAUAAGAUCAUAUAUGGCCAUAUAUGAUGUUAUGAGCAUUUUUUUUCUCGGGAAGGGUGUAUAAAUGAUUUUCUAUCUUAUAUGACCGUUGGAAAAUAUUUACAAUCCACGUAUAAUGAUUUGAAUUUCAAAUUAUAGAAUUUUAUUAAAAUUAAAUUUUUUAUUUAAAUUAUUGAAUUUUAAUACUUCGUAGAACUGAAAGAUUUAAAUUAACAAAUUAAAUUAAAUUAAUUAAAAUAAAGCAAAAGAAAAUUAAAUAUAUAUAUUUAGAAAUUAUGCAAGCAACAUGAUCAGCAGAUCACAAAAUCGAUUAUCUUAAAAUUGCGAAAAGUAGUUAUUAAGUUUCUUUUGUAACUUUACCUGUGCAUAAAAAAUAUAUCGUAUAAUAAACACAAAGAGAAAAGAAAACUUGUAUAAAAAAAUUAAUGAUAAUAAUAAUGAUACAAUUAUGCAAAAUUUAUUUGAAUUGAAAUGAAAAUUAAUAGGAUGAAUUUUAUAUUCUCCCAUUUUAUCUAGCUUUAUUUCUAUUCACGACGCAGAAUAUUGUAACCGAGAUUAUUUUUCAUCGGAUAUUAAAUUUCCGACCUAGCUGUCAUUUAACUUCCAUUCAAUGAAGAGGAACUUGAUGAUAAGGAGGUAACAUGUGAUCUUUCAAAGAAAUUUUAAUGACAUGUAAGCAGCUUUGUUUCUCUAAUAAUAUUUAAAUUAUUUUUUCAGUAA